AUGCUGUCGACUUUUGUUUCGAAGGGGCUGUUGCUCCUGCAGCUUUGCGCUGGCUUAACGGUCGCGGAGGACUCGUCGCCACUCUACAAGGACCCCAAUGCGUCGAUUGAGGACAGAGUAUCUGACCUUCUAGGUCGAAUGACAAUUGAGGAUAAAACGGGCCAGUUGAUACAGGGUGAUAUUACCAACUGGAUGGAUGCGGACACUGGAGAGUUCAAUUACACCGGACUGGAAGAGAAUAUGAGGAUAAAAGCUGGCAUGUUCUAUGGUAUGAGGCCUUGCCCUGAUUUACAUAGCAACAUUACUGAUAUCCUCGCUCCCGCAGUUGGAUACCCUGUUGCCUGGGACUGGAUUGCAACAAAUGUCAAGCGAGCUCAAGACUACCUUGUCGAGAACACUACACUUGGGAUACCUGCAUUUGUGCAAACUGAAGCGAUUCACGGUUUCUUGAUUGGCAAUGCUACGAUUUACAACUCUCCUAUCGCAUACGGCUGCUCGUUUAACAGGGAGUUGAUUCACAAAAUGGGACGGCUCAUAAGCCAGGAGGCUCUAGCCCUUGGCGUCAAUCAACUUUUUGCGCCAGUUGUUGACCUCGCUCGUGAGCUACGAUUCGGCCGUGUCGAAGAGACAUUCUCAGAAGACCCCUACCUUGCUGGCGAGAUUGGAUACCAGUAUGUCAAGGGAUUGCAGAGUCACAAUGUUUCCGCUCAGGUGAAGCAUUACGCUGGAUUCAGUCAGCCCGAGCAGGGAAUCAAUACUGCCCCGGUUCACGGAGGAGAGCGAUACCUGCGUACCACUUGGCUGCCACCUUUCAAACGUGCAAUUAUAGACGCUGGAGCUUAUAGCGUUAUGAGCGCUUACCACUCAUAUGACGGCAUUCCGGCUGUUGCAGACUACCAUCUACUCACCGAGAUCCUUCGCGAAGAAUGGGGAUAUGAAUACUUCGUGAUCAGCGAUGCUGGGGCAACAGACCGACUGUGCAACAACUUCCACACAUGCGCAAGCUCACCCAUUGACUCUGAAUCUGUGACUCUUCAAGCCCUCCCUGCUGGUAACGAUGUUGAAAUGGGCGGUGGCUCGUUCAACUUUCGAACAAUCCCGCAACUAGUAGAAUCCGGAGAGCUCGAUAUUGAGACUGUCGACACAGCAGUUUCAAGGGUUCUCCGCGCAAAAUUUGCCCUAGGGCUCUUCGAAAACCCAUACCCCGGUGCUCCCGAAGAGGAAUGGGAUAACCUCAUUCAUACCGAUGAAGCCGUCGACCUCGCAAGAGAACUGGACAAGGAGUCCAUCGUGCUACUAGAGAAUCAUGACAACACCCUUCCUCUAAAGAAGACAGGUGACAUUGCAGUCAUUGGCCCCAUGGCACAUGGAUUCAUGAACUACGGCGACUACGUUGUCUAUCGUAGCCAGUACCGGGGCGUCACUCCGCUAGACGGCAUAAAGGCUGCCGUCGGGGACUCCGCAACAAUCCACUACGCGCAAGGCUGCGAACGCUGGAGCAACGACCAGUCCGGCUUCGAAGAGGCCAUUGCCGCAGCCGAAAAGUCCGAUGUCGCAAUCGUCGUCGUAGGAACCUGGUCCCGCGACCAGCGGGAAUUAUGGCAGGGCGUCAACGCAACAACAGGCGAGCACGUCGACGUCAAUGACCUUUCUUUGGUCGGCGCCCAGGCACCCCUCGUCAAGGCCAUUAUCGACAUUGGCAAGCCCACCAUCGUCGUCUUCUCUUCGGGCAAACCAAUCACAGAGCCCUGGCUCUCGGACGCGGCGAGCGCGCUGGUGCAGCAGUUCUACCCCUCCGAGCAGGGCGGGAAUGCACUGGCCGAUGUGCUUUUCGGCGACUACAGCCCCUCUGGCAAGCUGUCUGUCUCAUUUCCCCAUUAUGUGGGCGACUUGCCGAUCUACUACGACUAUCUGAACUCCGGCCGCUCGAUCGGAGACUCCGGGUACGAACUUGAAAACGGCACCAUCGUCUUCGGACACCAAUAUGUUAUUGGUACACCGGAGCCCUGGUACCCCUUCGGCUACGGCCUCAGCUACGUGAACUUCACAUACGGCGAUGUCUCGCUGUCGGCAACAAAUGUGUCGGCCACUGACACUAUCACUGUGUCCGUCGACAUCACGAACACGGACGACUCACGUGACGGAACGGAGGUCGUGCAGUUGUAUAUUGUCGACGAGAUCACGUCUGUCGUUGUGCCGAAUCGGGAGUUGAAGGGGUUCGAGAAGGUGGUUGUGCCGGCGGGGGAGACGAAGACUGUGGAGAUUGAUAUUGAUGUCGCAAAUUUGGGACUUUGGGAUGUGAGGAUGAAGUAUGUCGUUGAGAAGGGGGAGUUUACCGUGCUGGUGGGCUCGAGUUCGGCGGAUAUUAGGGGAAACGCGACGUUCUGGGUGCAGUGA